AUGACGGCCUUGGAUGAUCUCCCAUAUGUCUCGUCUUUUUUCGGAGUGGAUCUCAAGACGGGGUCCAUGAUAAUAGCCGCCCUGGGAGUGGUACAUCCUAUGGCAUAUGGCUGUUCAUUCUUUGUUCCUUUGAGCUAUCUUCUAGUUACAAUCUGGAUAUUGGUAGCUUUAUUCUUCGCUGCCAGUAUUCUACUAUUUUGUGGCGUUGCUAAGGGUGAUGCUAUUCUCUGCGCUAUUUGGAUUUGGUACGCGGUGAUCUUCGUCGUGGUGAUGUUGAUGAUGAUGAUGCUUCUCGCCAUCGUCUUCACUUCGAGGAAGCAAAGAAACAGAGUAUUUAUUGUCAUACUCGGCAUGCUUUGGUAUAUUUUGACGAUCUACUUCAUAUUAGUCGUGAACAGUCAUCGGAAGCAGUUACUCGUGACCAAUAUAGAUAUUCUUGUAAACAAUCUGAUGGAUAAAGAAUCAUAGAUAUAUAUUUAUUUUUUUUUUUUAAUAUAAUGUUUAUGAAGCC